AUGGUUUGCCCGCUACGAACACUCCUGAUGGCACCGGAAGUGAUGCUCGCCAACCGUGUUGUCAGGCAUUUUGGAGAAGAAAAGGCCUUGAGAUGCGUGUUCCGCGAUGACUCGGGUCAAACGCUCAGACCGUUUGAGUUCUUUAUCGGGAAUGCUGGUGGAGCCCAAACCUAUCCUCGAAAAAUCCUCGACAUUAUCAGCAAGGCGAUGAUGGAAGAAGUGAAGGUCGUCGAUCGAUGCUACAAAUUUUUGGCUUGGAGUAACUCGCAGAUGCGAGACUACGGUUGUUAUCUCUACGCGGCAAAUACACGAAAGGACAUUGAAAAGAUCCGGGACUGGAUGGGCGAUUUUUCGAUGUGCACGAGCGUGCCGAAGAUGAUGAGCCGAAUGGGGCAAUGCUUCACCCAGGCCCAGCCGACAGUUCGCCUCGGGCCCUGCGAUUGGAUUGUCGAGGACGACUACGUCGGCGGCUCCCAACUCUACACGCAAAAAGAAUUCUGUUUCUCCGAUGGGGUUGGCCGUAUCAGCUACAAACUGGCCGUCCAGAUACAAAUUAUGCUCGAGCUGACCUAUGUGCCGUCUUGUUUCCAGGUCCGUUUCAAGGGGUUCAAGGGUGUUUUGACGAUCGAUCCGCAACUUGACGGCUACACCGGUCCGAAAGUGGUUUUUAGAAAAAGCCAAGAGAAAUUCCAAGACACAACCGAGGGCGACAGCCUGCUGGAGAUUGUCAAAUACGCGAUGCUGUCGCCCGUCUGCCUCAAUCGCCCAUUGAUCAACAUCAUUGACCAAGUGGCUCACAAACAGGGACCCGACGUACAUUUGCGUAUCUCGCGCACGAUACACCGAUAUCUGGAGCGGGAACUUUCCGUUUUGACGCGAAUGCUCCUCGACGAGAAUGAUGCCGCAAUGGCUCUUUGUCAACGCCUUCCAAUCCCUGUCAAUUAUCAGCGAAUUCUUGAGUGUGGCAUCACGAUGACCGACGAGCCCUUUUUCCGCCGACUCCUUCUAGCCGUUUAUAAGCACAACAUCACACAACACCUCAGCAGGUCCAAAAUGAAGAUUUUCUUGCCGCUCGAUUUGGGACGCACGAUGUAUGGAGUGGUGGAUGAUACGGGGUUGUUGCAGAGUGGACAGGUCUUUAUCCAAUACUCCACGACCAAAAUCCGCGACAAGAUCGUCCCCGGCGUUCGCAAGGAGAGCCGGCUGGCGAUCGACCAACCCGCGCUUCACCACCUCUUCGACGUGAUCGUCUUCCCGCAGCAUGGUCCACGGCCACAUCCCGAUGAGAUGGCUGGCUCUGAUCUCGACGGUGAUGAAUACAGCGUCAUCUUCGACGAGCGCUGCUUUUUCGACCACAACGAAGCGGCAAUGUCUUUCCCGGCGGCCGAGGAAGGCAAAAUCGCUGAAAAGCUACCCACGCACAAAGACAUGGUCCAAUUCUUCAUGCGCUACCUGUCCCAAGAUUCGAUCGGUCGACUGUCAAAUGCGCAUCUCCGCGCUUCCGAUUAUUAUGGGCUAUUUAGCGCCGCUUCGACCUCUAUCGCCAAAAAGUGCUCGGUAGCUGUGGAUUUCCCGAAGACGGGCAAACCGGCCGAUAACUUGUCUCCAGAUGAAAAUGUGGACAGCUCGCCCGAUUAUAUGGAGCACAGAAGCAAGGCGCAGUUUAUGAGCCGCUGGCUGAACGGGCAGCUUUACCGUAAAAUCAAGCGCAUCGACAACAUCAUCGAGGAGGUCGACACGUCAUCAUCGCCAUUUGAUGCAGCGCUGGAACCACAUUUAUUUCCAGAGGGCUGGAAUCCCUUUGAAGCCCGCCCGGAAAAACAAGCCGAAAUUGUGCGGUUGUUCAAGGAAUAUUCAUUGCGGAUGCAGUCCCUCCUCGACGAAUACACAAUCACCGAUGAAGCCCAAGUUGUUUCCGGCCAUAUUGUCUCCCUGAAGCGCCUCACAUCGAUGGAAAAAGACGACUACUCCUUCUUCCACACCGACAAAAUUGUCGAAGUGCGCUAUGCGGCCAUUUUCACGCAUUUCCGGAAGCAGUUUUUUAAUGAAUUUGGGGAUGAAGAGCGUUUGAUUGAGGAUGGGUUCACGGAGGAGAUGGAAUUGAGAGCUCGACAAUGGUACGCCGUGGCCUAUGAUAAGCAUUCCUCACGCACUUUCCUGUCGUUCCCGUGGGUCGUUUGGGACGUGUUGGCCAGCGCGAAGCGGCGACUGUUGCUGUCUGACAAUGACCCGAAUGUCCUCGUGCGCACUCGAUCAAAGGUGGCUUCUCGACUCUCCGACAUUGCAGGCCAAAUGCGCCGAAUUGACGCGGCUUUCCACGAGCUUAUUCGAGAUUUUGAAGUGGUGGAGCGGUACGCUGCGGCUUUUGGUGACGGUAUCCUGGAUAUGCUCUACGUUCUCUAUCGCUGGCUCGACAAUAAAACACCAACAAGCCUAUGGGAGGUGAAAGACAACAACUUUGUCUCGCGCACCACCCGCUAUCUGGCCCACCUCCUCUUCCAGUAUUGCCAUGUCCGCCCCCAGGGUACGGAUCACUACAAUGACGACUACAAACCGCCAGUCACUUUUCCCAAUACGCCGAAAUAUGGCGUCCCCGUCGAAAGUCCGCUCGGCACGGUGAGCAACCCGGGCGAGGUGGUGCUCAGUUUCCUGCGGUAUCUCGGCUCGAAGUCGUUUUGUGAUAACUCCUCCUACCUCGACCUCGACCUCCAGGACGGAGCCCCAGAUGCGCUCAUUUUAUGCGACGAGGAUAUCUGGCGAAAGAUUAGCCAGGUAGCCUACAAGACGACGCACUACGUGGCCGUGACCGGGCGCUUCGAGUGGCUGGGCAUUGACAGUGGCUGUCCGACGUCGCGCCUUCUUGACGUCAAGAAUACGGUGGCCGAGACGCGAGACCCGAUUGUCGUCCAUCCGGAUUUGAUGAGGGACCUCACCGGCGCCACUGUCUCUGAAGCGCUUCGUGAAUGGUCGGGAUGUCUUGAAGUUCGCUUCCGAGAGCGUCAAAAUCGAAGUCUCGUUUCCGGCGUCGGUGAUAUUCGUUCCCGACAGCGUCUGGCCCGUAUCCUGUUGAUGCCGGCAAAUAUAUUAUCUCAGGCAAUCCGUGAGCAAAACCCGCCCUACAGCAUCAUCAACGAUCUGCUCGACGAA